AGUUUCUAAGCAACCGACUGCAGCGUCGCGCGCUGUGAAGUGAUGCUAAAGCUAAUUAAUCAGAUCCACAGUUUCAGUGUUGCUGAGUGAAUCUUUUUGUAAGCGGAGAGAUUUAACAUGGAGCCGAGACCCGGGCUUCAGGCGGUGCGGAGAGAAACCGAGCAGCUUCAGAAGAAGGUGGACUCUUUGCUAAAGGACUGUAACAGACUGGAUGUGUCAGUAAGAAAGACAACGAUGUCUCAGAGGUGUUCAGAUCUGCAGAGAGCAGUGACAGAGACACUGACAACACUGCAGAAACUCACCAAAGAGGAUGAAUGUGCUCCUGUAGGGAAUUAUAAUCAGAGGAAGAGACAGGAGGAGGAGCGACUCAGAACUUUACAGAAUACACUCACAGCUCUCACACUGCAAUCUCAUGACAAACCAGCUGAGGAUGAGGAGAACAUUGAGGCGGAAGAGGUUAAAGAGAAGAAAGAUAAAGUUGCACAGGAGGAGGAUGAUGAUGAGGAUGAAGAAGGUUCAGGACGAAAGACUGCUCAGAACAGUGAUGAGAUGUAUGUAGCUCUCAGCUCUUUUAGAGGCGAAGAGGAGGGAGACCUCACAAUUCAGAAAGGAGGUGUUGUUGAGAUCCUGCAGAAGAGGGAUGAUGGAUGGUGGUUUGCUCAGGACUCCGAGGCGAAUCGAGGCUUUGUCCCCAAAAACUACCUGAAGAAAAUGUCUCCACAUCAGCAAGUGCCAGAAACUGAGGAGGAGGAGGGUGAUGAGGAAGAUGAAGAUAAUGAAGAGAGUGAUGAAGUUGAGGAAAAUGAAAAUGAGCCAGCUGAAGAGAAGCCAAGCACUUCAUCCAACUGGGACACGGUGAGGAACACGUUCAGUGAGAUGAAUGCCACUGAUGUGCUGUCAGCUAUGGGAGCCAUUCCUCCAGGCUUCAGACCCUCCACUCUGUCUAAACUGCUGGAGGAAGGAACUUCUUAUCGAGCCAGUCACUAUAUUCAGCCUAAACUCAACCAAUCAGAGCUCAGCUUUAAAGACCUUCAACUGGAUCCAGACACCGGCAAGGUCCUUGCACGCCCAUCUCGAGUGUGUGUAACUGUGACUGUGUUGAGCUGUAGAAUGAUCCCACCUCCUGGUGUGGGGCUGAGUGUCCUGAGCAGUCAUGUCCGUCUGUGUGCUUUUAAUGGAACUGAGGUGUUAAGUAAUAUCCACACUGUGAGAGCUUCCUACACUCCAUCCAGUCCAAAGACAUGGAGCUUCUCACCACGGAUGAACAGUUUGCUGCCCUGCCUGUUAGAUGGAGAAUGUUUCUUUCGUUGUGAUGCCGACUCUCCUGAUGUGGGAAUCCUGUUCGAGCUCGGAGUCACCUACAUCAGAAACUCUACAGGAGAGAGAGGAGAUCUGAGCUGUGGUUGGACUUUCCUUAAACUGUUUGAUGACAAUGGAGUACUUAUUCCUCUACGAACACAUGAGCUUGCUGUACAUGGAGGAACUCCAUAUGAGGAAGCAGUUGAUACGGACUGCACAUCAUCAAAAAGAGGUGGCUCCACUGGUGUGCUUCAUCAGAUGCUGAUGUCCAGGAAACUUCCCAAACUUAUCAUUAAGCUCAGAUCUCCAAACAGCCGCACCAGAGAGCAGCUCAGUUUGCUCCCUGACACUUUUCUUGGCUGUGUGUCCACUGUUUCCCUACUGGUUUUGUACAGACAACUACUUGCUGACACACUGCUGCUGGACCGAGUCACCAUGCAGAAUGCAGAUCUAAUCUGCAGCUCAGUCCUGGCUACAUUCCCUGAGGUUCUGGAUCAGCCUGACCUGAUGGACGCUUUCAGGAAAACAUCUGAGUCAGAAAACAACCUAAAUAGGUCUGACAAGAAGGAUAUAUCUGUACUGAAGAAGCUGUUUGAGAGUGUGUAUAUGAGCAGUGUGUUCCCGUUGUUGUUCUCGGCUGAGAUGGCUGCUCCUCUGUGGGCCAAUGAAGACACGGAGACCCAGCGCGCACGUGUCAUUUAUAACCCUGCCCACAAGAUCACCUUGGAAACCAUGCUGUCGUCCAAUCAUAAGCACCAAGCCUUUAACAUCUCUCAGGUUUCCUAUGAUCUCCUCAAUUCUGCCUGGAACUGACCAAUCACAAUGCAGCUGACUUUCAGGCUGACUAAACAGCAAACAGAAGAAAUAAAAAUGGAGAGCAUCUGAUGACUGAGGAACCAGAAACCUAUCAGAUUGUAUUUUCUAUGAGGAGCUGAACCUCAUUUUGUAUUAUUUAUACUAUUUACUGUUUUACUGCAGCUUUCAUACAUAAUAAACUAUUCAUUUCAUUCAGA